AUGGGUCGUCUCACCACAUUCACUGCACCACAUUCAUCCCAAAUCGCCCCAACGGCUGAAUUGACUGAGGAAAUAUUCGCGACUGCAAAACCCUAUUCUGAAGUGCCUGGCCCUAGGCCCAUUCCAAUCUUAGGGAAUACUUGGCGCAUGGUCCCUGUUAUCGGGCAGUUUGACAUAUCGGAGUUCGCCAAAGUGACAAAGUUGUUCCUUGAAAAGUACGGACGGAUUGUCCGGUUGGGUGGUUUGAUUGGACGGCCGGAUUUGCUCUUUGUUUACGAUGCGGAUGAGAUUGAAAGGAUGUACCGACGUGAGGGCCCGACUCCCUUCCGACCAGCCAUGCCUUGCCUGGUGAAAUACAAGUCUGAAGUCAGAAAGGACUUCUUUGGAGAGCUGCCGGGUGUUGUUGGAGUUCACGGGGAGAAAUGGCGUAAAUUCCGCUCGAAGGUGCAACGGCCGAUCUUGCAGCCGCAAACGGUGAAGAAGUACGUCGGCCCCAUCGAGCUGGUGACCGAAGAUUUCAUCAGGUACAUGGAGAAUGCCAGGGAUGAGAACAAGGACCUACCCCACGAGUUCGACAACGAUAUCCAUCGGUGGUCGCUUGAAUGUAUCGGCCGCGUGGCAUUGGACGUGCGGCUGGGAUGUCUGUCUUCCGACGUCAGUACUAAUUCGGAACCUCAGCGUAUUAUAGAUGCGGCGAAGUUUGCUCUACGAAAUGUGGCGGUGCUAGAGCUCAAAGCGCCCUACUGGAGAUAUAUCCCUACCCCAUUAUGGGGCAAAUAUGUUAACAAUAUGAACUUCUUUGUCGAACUUUGCACCCGCUACAUAAAUGAAGCUCUCGAAAGGCUCAAGACGAAGAAGGCGACGUCAGAAGAUGAUCUCUCCUUACUUGAGAGAGUGCUGAAGAGUGAAGGAGACCCGAAGAUCGCUACCAUCAUGGCUCUUGAUCUGAUACUGGUUGGCAUAGACACGAUUUCAAUGGCUGUAUGCUCAAUCCUGUAUCAAACAGCGACGAGAUUGAAACAACAGGAGAAAAUGGCUGAGGAGAUCCAAAGAGUACUUCCCGACCCCAGCAAACCCAUAUCAUACUCUGACCUAGACAAGCUACAUUAUACUAAGGCUUUUGUGAGAGAAGUGUUCAGAAUGUAUUCUACAGUCAUCGGGAACGGUCGGACUCUCCAAGAAGAUGAUGUUAUUUGUGGAUACCACAUUCCUAAAGGCGUUCAAGUGGUGUUCCCCACGAUAGUGACUGGCAACAUGGAUCAGUUCGUGUCCGACCCUAAAGAGUUUCGACCUGAGAGAUGGUUGGAGUCUGAUGGAAGGCUGCAUCCCUUCGCCUCCUUGCCCUACGGCUUCGGAGCCAGAAUCUGUCUCGGGCGGAGAUUCGCCGAUUUGGAGAUUCAAGUGCUAUUGGCUAAGUUGCUACGUCGUUAUCGAUUAGAAUACCAUCACGAGCCCCUGGAGUAUGCUGUUACGUUCAUGUACGCACCAGACGGUCCCCUGCGCUUACGCAUGAUUGAACGAUAAAUGAAAAAUAAAAUAAAAAUUACAUUAUUGUAAGUAGUGUGGUAUAAUACUCAAGUAAUUUUGUUAUAAAAGUUUAAAGUUAUUACUGCAAACAAAGCUUAAAGUGAAUGUAGGUACCUACUUACAUAAUUAUAGUAUUUAAGUAUGGACAUGUUACAAUGUUCAUUUUAUAUAAUUGUACCUAUAAUAAGUAUAGUGACCAUCUGAUACCAUAAUAUACACGCACACAAUAGGCACGUUAAGCCGUUGGACCCGGUUACUACUUACUGAUGUAAGUGAGUAAUCGUUACAUGAGCCAUGUCAGGGGCCUUUGGCGGCUCAGUAAUAACCCUGACACCAGGUUGAUGUUCACCUCACAGCCCACACGAUUGAAGAAUGACCACAAUACGUAUAUUAUUUUAUUUUUAUGUUAGU